GUCGAACACUCGCCCUAUAGUAGCAAGGACGCCAUACUUCUAUCUACAACGUCGGAGUUGAAUUUCUGCCUGCCGAGAAAGCAACCAAGCCAAAAGGAUGACAUUUCCCAAACCAGGAAGCCGAUGAGGGCAGCGGAACAAGAGAGGGAGACACAGAGACAACAAGCCGAGGCAGUGGACAAUCUUCGAGACAUAUUGAAGAAGCGCAACCUGGCAAUAUGCGUGGGGUCCGGCGUGACCCUAUAUUCGAUUAAAGCCGCAGACAGACCUCGCUUGACGUGGACCGGCCUUGUUCACAAUGGUUUCGACUAUCUCGAGAGAGAACUGCCGAACUUCUACCAGCAGCAAGAGAAGGCAUUUGAGCGAGCAAGGAAGCUGCUAGACGACGACACAGCGACGCCCGGAGACCUCAUCGACGCCGCAAGUAAAUUGAAGAGCUUUUUCCAAUCUCAUCCCGUCAAGUUGGCAGACUGGCUUAGCCUCCAAUUCAAGGAGCUGCACCGCUACGUUGCCUCCCCGGCCGUCCUCGAGAGCCUGAAGAGUCUCCACCGAAACGGUGCCUUGCUCAUGACGACGAAUUACGACGGAUUGAUGGAGAAGUAUUGUGGUCUGUCCCCCCUCGACAGCUCGGACAAGGACAAGCUUAUGGAAUUCAACCGGAGACACUGCGACGGAGUGUUCCACCCCCACGGCUACUGGAAGAACCCGAAGCAUAUUGUGUUGGAUGCCAUCGACUACUACAAGGUCCAGCACGAUGAUGGCGUCCAGGAGACGCUGCGAAACAUCUUCACGGGAAGGACCAUACUGUUUGUGGGCUGUGGGGGCGGCUUGGCCGAUCCAAACUUUGGCGAACUCUUGAAGUGGCUUGGCGAGAAGGAGAAGAAUAUUGGUUCCAGUCAUUACAUCUUACUUCGGAAGGGCGAGCUCAACCCAGUGCCGCAGCUGCCCUUGAAACAUGUCCGUUGCGAGGACUACGAUGCCAUUGGACCUUGGUUGGAGGACUUGCUGGAUCAGAGCGAGCGCUCCGAGGGCACUAGUGAGUAGUCCAGAUAUUUAGCUUGUCGUAGGUCAUGUCUAACUUUCAUCA